UACAUGGGCUUCAUUGUUUCACGACACAACAUAAUGCAGCGACACAUAAUUAUAAUAGUAUUUAUGUAUCAGAAGCCGGGUGGAAUUUGUUUUCAAUAUCUAUUCAUUUUAAAAUUAGUUAAAUUAGUUUGCUGUAAACUAGCUUAUAAGGCUAACAGUGUAGUUUUUGACUUCCCGUACCACUGUCGCGUCGUUCAUUAAACCCCGCCUACGACGUAUUCUUAUUGGUCUGGACUCUCUGGAGUCAUGUUACAUCACAGAAGUUGAGGCCGUUGAAUGGCUGAACUGUCAUGUCACUCAUAUUUUCCCCACUUGUUGCUAGGGAGAUUGUUUGACACUAGCUAGGGAGAAAGUAAAUAUUAGCAGAGGCACCUGCCACUUUCUGGCGAAAGAGAAAUUGGAGUAAAGCAGCGAAAGGUUUUAAAACGGUUACUUUAUGUAGCGUCAGAAGGAGGUUAUAGACGUGUGUUAGCGGUGGCCGGUCGUGAAUCAGUGGGUAGCCACCAGCUGGAAGGACAAAGAUAGGCGCAGCUGUGCUGGAGGAGGAGGGAGGGACCCUGCCGGCCACCCAGCGUCGCCGUUGGUGGGUGUCAGAGCAAGUCGAGCUAGCUAUCUGGACUCCCUCGUUCACCUUCAGCAGCAGCCAGAAGAAGUAGUUGUCCUGUCAAGGGUGGGGUGAUGCCUGAAUAUCUGUGUUCAUCUUGUCUUCUCUGCCGAAUGUCUUAAAAUGAAGAUCAACAGCGUGGUGCGAUCCGACAUCAGUCCUCCUGUUCUCUUAGGAUGAAGUGGUUAGCAAGUCCUGCUCUUUCUUUCUUCUCCUAUAAUGUGUUUAAUGCAAGUGUGGAUAGGAAUGGGGAGAUGAUAACACUUUGAAGAAACUCUUCUGAGAAGUGGAAACCUUAUCUUGGAACCUGAACCCUUUUAAAUUAACUCUCAGACGCUUUGCCUUCUUCAACCACUUUUAUGUUCUUGUAUCAGUUUUCAUCCCUUAGUUUUAGCAGAGAGUUAUUGAUUACAAGUAGUCGCCCCUGUUUUUGUUUUACUUUUUUACUUUCAUUUUUUUGUUCCUUUGUAAAGAAAUGCUUUACCUGAAAAAGUACUUCACAGAGGGCCUGAUUCAGUUCACCAUCCUUCUGAGUCUCAUUGGGGUGCGGGUGGACGUCGACACGUAUCUAAGCAAUCAGUUGCCCCCUUUAAGAGAGAUCAUCCUGGGGCCCAGCUCAGCCUACACACAGACCCAGUUCCACAACCUGCGCAACACGCUGGACGGCUAUGGGAUCCAUCCAAAGAGUGUGGACCUGGACCAGUUCUUCACGACCCGGCGGCUGCUGAACGAGGUGCGCCAGCUGGAUCGCCUCUCCGUGCCCAGUUCCGAGCUCAACACCUGGCUAGUGCAUCGCGACUCUGAGACGGUGGUGUCCGCAGGCGGUCAGUCCAGCCCCGGCAUAACCCUGGACAAUGGGGCCGGCCUAGAGGACAUUAACAACAUUGACGCUACCCCGGCCAUGAGGGGAGGAGGCGGAGCGCCUGAAUCCACGUACGACCUGAACGCAGCGGACAGCAGCCUGGGAGCCGUGGCCCCAGAGGGAAACCAGGAGCAGGGCAGCGGAGGCGGCAAUGACGACCUCACCAAAGAGGACAUUGACUUGAUUGACAUCCUAUGGCGACAGGACAUCGACCUUGGAGCAGGAAGAGAAGUGUUCAGCUACAGCAACCGUCAGAAGGACACGGAGGAGGAGAAGCCCAACCCACAGGACAGCAAAGAUGUCAAUGAUGAACAAGAGAGCUGGAGAAAUGGGAUAAACUUACAGGGGUCCCAGCCGGUGGAUGGAGAGACUGGAGAGAGCAUUCCUGAGCAGCUGCCAGUUCUUGGCUCACAGACUUCACUGUCACUACAGGAGUGCUUGAGGCUGUUGGAGGCCACGUUUCCUUUUGGAGAAGAAGCUGAGUUUCCUGUCCCGGUCGGUAACCAGGAAGUAUCCAUUUCCAAUGAAGAAGUUCCCUCCACCUCCCAGGGCCUCACUCUGGCUCCACAGAUGCCCACAGCAGAGCCGCAGUUAGACCUGGAGCAGCAGUGGCAGGACAUCAUGGCCAUCAUGGAGCUGCAGGCGAUGGACGUCAACAACAGCGCCUCCAACAGCGGGAACGCCAGCAACGCCACGGCGGAACCGACAGCUGCCGGGACCUUCGGACUCUCUGAGAAUCCCACACCCAUCAACCAGGAUGUCAGCCUCCACCAGGCCUCCCUGCCCAGCUGCAGCCAGGACUUCCCGCAGAUCUUCCGCCCCCAGCUGGACUCGGUCAGCGUCACGCCUCAAACCAGCAUGCUCAGGCUCUCCUCGGGCAACUCCACCAACAUCAACUCUACGUUCGGAGCAACCAACCUGACGGGGGUCUUCCUGCCGCCCAUCAACAGCUCCAGCAACAACGUCACUUCCACGCCGAACCUGCCGGACCCCUUCACCACCCUCCUGGAGGAGUCCAUGCUGGAUGAAAUCAGCCUGCUGGACCUGGCCAUGGAGGAGGGCUUCAGCCAGGCUCAGGCAUCUCAGCUGGAGGAAGAGCUCGACUCGGACUCCGGCCUCUCACUGGACUCCAGCCACAGCCCGGCCUCGCCGAGCAGCUCGGAGACCUCCUGCUCUUCCGCGGCCUCUUCUUCCUCCACCUCCGCCAACUUCUCCGAGGAGGGCGCCGUGGGAUACAGCACCGACUCCGAGGCGGCCGCCGUGGAGACGGAGGAGGGCGCGGUGGGCGGCUACCAGCCCGAGUACAGCAAGCUCUGCCGCAUGAGCUUCCAGGACCUCUCCCAGUUCAACGGCCUCCCUCAGCUGGACGGCAUCAGCCACAAUCACACCUACAACGUGCCGCUCUCCUCCAGCUUCCCAGAGCACCCGGACCUCCUCCUGUCGGCCGGGAAGAAAACGAGUCGCGACAAAAAGCUGCAGCCCUCUCAGGACCUGCUCGACAAGCACGCGAGUCGCGACGAGCGCCGCGCCCGCGCCAUGAAGAUCCCCUUCUCCAACGAGAAGAUCGUCAACCUCCCCGUGGAGGAGUUCAACGAGCUGCUGGCCAAGCACCACCUGAGCGAGGCCCAGCUCGCCCUCAUCCGCGACAUCCGCCGGCGCGGCAAGAACAAGAUGGCCGCCCAGAACUGCCGCAAGCGCAAGCUGGAGACCAUCAUCAACCUGGAGCAGGGCGUGCAGGACCUGCGGCGCGACAAGGCCCGCCUGCUGAAGGAGAAGAUGGAGUUCAUCCGCUCCAUCCGGCAGCUGAAGCAGAAGAUGCAGAGCCUGUGCCAGGAGGUUUUCAGUCAGCUGCGGGACGAGGAGGGCCGGCCCUUUCCCCCCAGCGAGUACUGCCUGCAGUACGGCGCCGACGGCAGCGUGCUGAUCGCGCCCCGCAGCGGGGCGGCCGCCGCGCAGCAGCAGAGCAGAAAACCGGAGAAAAAACAGAAAGACAAAAAAAAGUGAGCGCAGAGAGACUGCUGGUUAUUCUAUCACUUUGCUAAAUCAGUCAGAUUUGUGCAGAUGCAAGAGAGAUGCCUUUUUUUUCCUUUAAGAAGAUUCUGUUGAAGAGAAACGGCAUUUACUCCUCCUCCCUGGGUUAGUUUCUCCUCUUUCAUUCUCUUCCUGCGUUUUUUCCUAGAAACAACUCUGAAGCGGAAUAGCUCUUGGCUCGAGAACCGGUGUUUCAUUAUUUAGACCAGAAAAAGGGAGGGACUUGAAGGACAAAAACUGAGCUACUAGAAGAAGAAAUAGCUGCUCUCGUUCCUUUUCCACCAAACCACUAGGGAUGGAGGCGUGUCGGGUGGAAGAAUGGACCGAUGUCGGAGGGCUAAGCUAACAUGCAUGGUUGGAAUACCUGUGGAUUAAAGGGUUCAAUGGACUAUCAGCUCACAUCCCACCCUGGAGACUUUUAGGAAUUGCUUUUAAGUUGUAGAUCUUAAGGCAAAGAUGAGCACCUGAAGUUGUGAGACAAGAAACCAAAGGCUAAAGGAAGUACAUUGUUUUUGAAUGCCAUUAACACCUAUACUAACCAAAGGUUGUAGGGCGCACCUGAUCACCUGAUCACCUGAUCCGUACAAGUCCAAAAUGCUCAGACGCUGCAUUCUUACUCUGUAGGUGUGUACCGCAAAGUCUAGUUUUUGAGUCAAUUUCUGGGUGGCACCUAAACGUAGAAGGCCCUUAAAACGGUGGGUUUGACGUGUGGAAGUCAGAUGAUUGGAUGAGAAGUCCGAGGCUGAGAGUUGGAGAGCCGGCCGCGAAGUCCUGCAGGAGAAGCCGAGAGAUAUUUCUGGGACAAGGCGCACCGCGUUGCAAAAUGUAUCAAGUUCCUUAUGAAUUAUACAUAGCACUGUAAUUUGUCUUUUAAAAGGCUUGGCUUGGUAUGCAUUUUGCCGUUUCUGUCGCUCUUCCCUCACUGCAGGUUUAAAUACAGGGGCUGCAUUUAGGAAGGUUCUUAUUAACUGUUUAUAAUGUGUAGAAUAAGCAGGGUUAUAGGUCGAGCCCCCUCCCCCCUACUGUCUGUGUUGAUAAAACCUUUCACAUCAAGCUGCAAUAGGUCUGGAGAUCCAGAGUGUACUGUACCAUUUCAUCCUACUUCGGCUGUCACAGAUUACAUUUAUAGAAUUUAAAAGGACAUUUACUUCAGUACCGGUAAUUAAAUUUCAAUCAUAUAUUAUAUAGAUUUUCCACAUACAUAGUGAGAUAUUUCAACUAUUUAUUUCUAGUAACUGUUAGUUUUGAUGAUUAUGAUUUACAACAAAUGAAAACAAAAAUUCUGAACCUUAAAUAAUUUGAAUAUUUUAUAAGAACAAUUACAUUUUGCAAUUCAGAAGUCUUAUGUUGGGAUCUGGUUAUGGACAACACAGUCAUUGGUUACAUUGUGUUGACACCCUAAGCAAGGAACAGUGCAGUAUGCGAGCAUAUAAAUGGAAAGUUCAGUGGAAGGAAAAACUGAAAUUGAAAAUGGUGCACAAUAUACAGAGGUAACGCCGCACAAGGCUGAAGUCAACAGUGAGAGAGCCGCCAACACACACACACACACACACACACACACACACACACAUAUCUAGGACUGACCCAGAAGCCAUGUCACAAGUGUUUUCAUUAGGCUCAGGAGAAAUGCUCAAAUUGAGUCAAAUAAUUUGGAGAAACUGAACAUGAAGGUUUUCAUUAGCUGUAAGGUGUAAUCGUCUAAAUUCACAGAAGUAAACAGUUGAAAUAAAUCACUGAAGUGAUUUCAACGUUUUGACUUGAAUUACUGAUGAACAUUUUCAUAUUAUUUAUAUCACCGUUACUUUUUAUUAUUUUCUUCCCCUGGAUGUCCCAUUUUAAGCAUUAAAACAAAGCAGGCUCAGUUGGCAUCGUUUGCUGUGCCCCAUUUAUUUGAACUUAUUUGCAGAUUUUCCACAUCCGAAAUGCACUUGAAGCAAAUAUUUAACUGCUGUGAAGCCGGGUAGUUGGCUUUAGUCCUACAGAUCCUGCGUUUUGAGUGUUUUUGAGGAGAGCGAGUCCCGUUGUGAGGUAAAAGAUAAGUGUGAGCGGUGACGGUGUGUGUUGAGGCCACUUACAAUUUUUUUUAAUGCCUUCAUUUAAAACUCAUGAUCUUCACUUUAAAGGAUUUUGAGAACAUGGAGGGAGGGAAUGUUCUCAAAGUAGAAGUGCUAUUACUUGUCUGUUUGAAUGAAGUCCGUCGGUGCGCGAGUUGUGUGAAAAUAGAAAAAAAAAAAAGGGGGGGGGCCUAUCGCUGCAGCUAGCAGUUAGGUGAAAAUAUUUACAAGAGGGUAAGCAAAACUCGCAACACUGAGAUGAUGUCCGAAAAAAAAAAAAUUGUUCAAAAGGAGAAAUGUCUUUCAUUAAAUGUGAUAUUAAGGCAUGAAUCUCUGGUUAACAUUCACUCUAAUGUAACCCAGUGCAACACCAACUAUUAAGUACUGCUACUACUUGGUGCACUUUUUUUUUUUUGUCUGUCUUGUUCUGUAAAUAUUUUCAUGUUUGUUUUUCUGUAGUUUGUCUAAUGUCUCCAUAACGGUCGCACUCUCUCUGCUUUGAGUCUGGAUUGUAGUUCCCAGUUUCCGGAUGUUUGCUGGCAAUCAAGAAUUGUUUUUAUCGAUUAAUAAAGUGUUUUUAUUUUCACCUGUGA